AAGAGAAAAAAACCGCACCCCACAAAAAAAAAUCAAUACCAUCCCCGAUAUAUAAAGAAAGGACAAGCGUGAAACCCACUCUGAUGAAAUCUCUUCCUUUUCUUUCUUUUUUUGAGAACUGAGUCUGUCUCUCUCUCUUAAACGCCAGAGGACAGAGGAGAGAGAGAGUGGACCGUCCAGUGUUAGAAUGAGGUCCACUUUCCUUUUCUCUUUUGUGUAAUGAGCAACAACAGACUAAAAUCUCUUCUUCCCGGAAGAAGAUGGCUAUACAGCAAAACCACUCACCUCUGUUAGAUGCUCUGUACUGCGAGGAAGAGCAAUGGGAUGAAGAAGAAGUAGGAGAAGAGGAGAGAGAUGGGAUUAGUAAGAGCAUUAGCAAUAAUGGGAGGACAACAAACCCAUCUCUUUUUCCUCUGCUUUCACUGGAACAUGACCUGUUUUGGGAAGAUGAAGAGCUUCUCUCUCUCUUCUCCAAAGAGAAAGAGAUGAAGGUUCAUCUUGAUCUUGAGAGCAGAGAUCCAGAUCAGUACUAUGCACUCCGUCUGGCCCGAAAAGAGUCUGUGGAAUGGAUUCUAAAAGUCCAUGCCUACUACGGAUUCACGGCUCUCACUGCAAUUCUUGCCAUUAAUUAUCUGGAUAGGUUUCUGUCUGGCCUUCAUUUCCAGAGAGAGAAGCCAUGGAUGAUCCAGCUUGCUGCUGUGACCUGUCUCUCUUUAGCUGCUAAAGUUGAAGAAACCCAAGUCCCUCUCCUCUUAGACCUUCAAGUGGAAGACACGAAGUUUGUUUUCGAGGCCAAAACAAUCCAGAGAAUGGAGCUAUUGGUGCUGUCAACACUCCGAUGGAGAAUGAAUCCGGUGACCCCAAUCUCAUUUCUCGACCACAUUAUAAGGAGGCUUGGACUGAACAACCAUCUCCACUGGGAGUUUCUCCGGCGAUCCGAGCGCCUCCUCCUCUCCGCCGUCGCCGAUUCAAGAUUUGUGCGGUAUCUGCCAUCUGUGUUGGCCACUGCAACAAUGCUUCACGUUAUACAUCAGAUAGAACCUGUGGAUGCCAUGGAUUACCAAAACCAGCUUCUGGGCGUUCUCAAUCUCAGCAGGGAGGAUGUGAAUGAUUGCCAUCAACUCAUAACAGAGCUAUCAACCACUACUUGCUUCUUCAAUGGCCAACAAACCAAUCCUCGCAAGAGAAAGUAUGAGCAAAUUCCAAGCAGCCCAAGUGGAGUGAUUGAUGCAUAUUUCAGCUCUGAUAGCUCAAAUGACUCCUGGGCUGUGGUGGGGUCCUCGGUUUCUUCUUCACCAGAGCCACUGUUGAAGAAGACCAGAUCAGCCCAAGAGCAGCAGAUGCGUUUGCCAUCACUCAGCAGGGUGUUUGUUGAUGUCCUCGGCAGCCCUCAUUAAUCUCUCUCUCUCUCUCUCUCUCUCUCUCUCUCUCUCUCUCUCUCUCUCUCUCUCUCUCUCUCUCUCUCUCUCUCAGAACUCUAUAAUUAUUACUCCUGUUAAUUAUGUUGAGAAUUAAGUUGGCAUUCAUCUCUGCUCUCUUAUUCAUUUCCAAUAUAACAUGAGAAGACGAAAAGGCAGGGUGCAUGAAUGGCUGGCAGUUUAGGAGAGAGAAAGUGGAAAGAGAGUAAAGACAGAGGGAGAGGGAGAGAGAGAGAGAGAGAGAAGCAAUGAAGAAUAUCUGCCAUCUGCUUUCUCUAUAUAUGUUAUGGCUGUGUCUGUCUCUUCA